AUGUAUGCUCACUUACCAGAUAGGGUAUUGCGUCAAUAUGGACGUGUCCAAACCAUCCAUGGUUCACCUUUGGAGAUAGUAGGUCAGAUGACCACACCAGAGGAAAUGGACAUCAUGUUUACGCAAUAUGAUGUUCAUGUAGUUGACGUUGGGGCAGUUGUACAUAGACCUGCAGAGUGCGCAAAUGAGUACAUGGACUGGUUUCAUCAGAUUUCUCAUCCAUAUAUCAUUCGUAGAGAACCAGUCUAUGUAGCUCCUACGGUUACAGAACCUGCCGAUGAUGAUCAUGCUCUAGAUGUCACAACGGUAAAUUCAUUUAACUUUAACGUCGGGCAAAUACAAAUUGCAGAGGAGCUUCUUGGUCGACAGUUGGUAUUACCUAAUGGCAUCGCACUCGUCAAUGAAUUAAUUUUGGUAUUGCGAUCUCAGAGGGGUGGUGGUAGAGAUUGGACUAAUGUAGGGCCAUAUCGUAGGAGACAUAGGCAAACUUAG